AUGAGUUUUUCUAAGUUUAUGAAAUGCUCUAGUCAGUUAAGCAGGAGAAUAUCCAACUGCGAAGGUAAAGGGACAGUAAAUAAAUCUUUUUUUUAUAAUUGCAGACGAGAAAAAUGUAGCAUUGGAUGUUUAAAGAAUAAAAUAAAUGCUGAAAUAAAUAAAAUAUGUAUACUUUCCAAUAUGGCUAGAAGAAAUUUUAGUAGUGAAUGUGAAAAUUAUGAGUUCAAAGCUGAAACGAAAAAAUUAUUGCAAAUUGUUGCUCAUUCUUUAUAUACAGACAAAGAAGUAUUUAUAAGAGAAUUAAUAAGUAAUUCAUCAGAUGCUAUAGAAAAAUUACGAUUUUCAAUUCAAUCUGGAAUUAUAAAAGAUUGUGAAGAUAUAUCAUCUUCUGUAGGUGAUGAAAACAAUUCAUUCCAUAUAAAAGUAUCUACAGAUGAAGAAAAAAAUUUAUUUAUUAUAGAAGAUAGUGGAAUUGGAAUGAGCAAAGAAGAAGUUAUAGAUAAUUUAGGUACCAUAGCUAAAAGUGGUUCUUUGAAUUUUUUGAAUAAAUUAAAAGACAAAAAAGGAAAUUUAAAUCAUAUAAAUAAAGAACAACUUGACCAUAAUAUUAACAACAACAAUAAUCAUAUUAUUCAUAAUAAUAAAAAAGAUAUACUUAGAGAAGAAGCGAAUGAUAAAACACAAGAAGGAGAUAUAAUAGGACAAUUCGGUGUUGGUUUUUAUAGUUCUUUUGUUGUAUCAAAUAAAGUUGAAGUAUUUACAAGAUCUUAUGAUCAUAAUAUCUUAAAAGGAUAUCAUUGGAUAUCACAUGGAAACGGUACAUUUACAUUAAAAGAAAUUGAUAACAUACCUAAAGGAACUAAAAUUAUUUGUCAUUUAAAAGAUACUUGUAAAGAAUUUUCAAAUAUUCAUAAUGUUCAAAAAAUUGUAGAGAAAUUCUCUUCUUUUAUUAAUUUCCCUGUUUAUAUUCUUAAGAAAAAAAAAAAAAUGAUACAAACGAACAAGGACAACCAAAAAAAUGAGGAAGAAAUGAAAAAUGAUGAAUGUGAAAAAAAUAUCAAUCUAGAAGGAUCAAUUGAUAUGAAUAACUCAAAAGAGGAAGGUAAAACAAAUGAAAUCAAAACAAAUGAAAGCAAAAUAAAUGAAGGUGAAACAAAACAAGAUAAUAGUAAGAAUAUCAAUCAAUCUAAUGAAACCGAAUCUAAUUUAAACACACAAAAAGAAUCAAAUGACGAAUAUAUGGUUGAAGAAAUUUUAGUUAAUAAACAGAAACCAUUGUGGUGUAAAGACAACGUUACAGAAGAGGAACAUCGAAAUUUUUUUAAUUUUUUAAAUAAGAAUAAAUCAUAUGGUGAAGAUAAUAAAACAUAUUUAUAUAAAAUGUUAUAUAAAACAGAUGCACCAUUAUCUAUUAAGAGCGUUUUUUAUAUUCCAGAAGAAGCUCCAUCAAGACUUUUUCAACAAUCAAAUGAUAUAGAAAUAUCUUUAUACUGUAAAAAAGUAUUAGUCAAAAAAAAUGCAGAUAAUAUAAUACCUAAGUGGUUAUAUUUUGUUAAGGGUGUUAUAGAUUGUGAAGAUAUGCCACUAAAUAUUAGUAGAGAAAAUAUGCAAGAUAGUUCUUUAAUUGAUAAAUUAUCUAGAGUUGUUGUUAGUAAAAUAUUAAAAACAUUAGAAAGAGAAGCAGAUUUAAAUGAAGAGAAAUAUUUAAAAUUCUAUAAAAAUUAUAAUUAUAAUCUAAAAGAAGGUGUUUUAGAAGAUUCAAAUAAAAAUUAUUAUAAAAAUACUCUAAUGAAUUUAUUAAGAUUUUAUUCAAUAAAUCAAAAUAAAUUUAUAUCUUUAAAAGAAUAUACUAACAAUUUGAAAGCCAAUCAAAAAAAUAUCUAUUAUUUUUCAGCAAAUGAUAAAAAUGUAGCAUUAAAUUCUCCAUAUAUGGAACCAUUCAAAAAACAAAAUAUAGAUGUAUUAUUAUUAUUAGAAGAAAUAGAUGAAUUUGUACUUAUGAAUUUACAAUCAUAUAAAGAAUAUAAAUUUAUUUCUAUAGACACUUCUCAAAAUGAAGAUCUAGAUGAAGCUCUAUUAAAUUCAAAUAAUAAUGAUAAUGAAACAAACAAAAAAUCAAUUUUCUUUAAUGAUGAACAAAAAAAAGAAUUACAAACUUAUUUUAAACAAGUAUUAGGAUCCAAAUGUUCAGAUGUAAAAUUUUCAGAAAGACUAACUACAUCUCCAGCAGUUGUUACAGGAUUCUUAUCACCUACAUUAAGAAAGGUUAUGAAAGCUACUAUGAAAAAUGCAGAUUUUAAUGAUAGUACUAAUAGUAAUAGUAUGAAUAUGUUUCAAAAUUUACCAGCAACAUUAGAACUUAAUCCUUCACAUACAAUCGUCACAUCUAUAUAUCAUCUAAAAAAUACCAAUGAAGAGGUAGCCAAAUUGUUAGUUCAACAAUUAUAUGAUAAUGCAUGUAUAGCAGCUGGAAUAUUAGAAGAUCCACGUUCUCUUCUAAGUAAAUUAAAUGAACUCUUGUUAUUAACAGCAAGAUAUGCUUACCAUUAUGAAAAAAAAGAUAUCCAACAAAUUAAAAAGGAUCAACCAAUAGAUGUAGCAAAUGAAAAUGUCAUGUCGCUAGAUGAUAUUGUUAACACCAAAGAGAAUAAUACAAAUGAGGACACUAUGAUGAAGGAAGCUCAAUCAUCUACCCAAUGA